AUGAUGUGUAUCGUNACUACCCUCAUCCCAAAUGGUUGGCUCGAACGAGCAUUGGAAAUUCCCGGUUCUGCCCAAGUGAUUUCAUUCAUCUACUGGCUUCGGCAUCCGCUAAUCCUGUGCUUUCUACUUCCGAUAUUGGUGGUGAUUUUUAUCUAUCUAACCGUGUUAUGUGUGCAUCUAUGUCGUUUGCGUUGGUGGCUGGCUCGACAAUUUGCGGAUUGCUGGUCACCUGUGCGUCCACGGGACCGAUCGCAUUCCAUCAGUCGUGCGCAUCUUGCGUCCCUGGCCCAGUUGCUCAAACGCAUUGUGGCCGCGAUUUGGGAUGCACAUGGCAGAAUUUUUCAUGCCUACGAAGUAAUCGGUAUGGAGAAAUUGCCCAUGCACGGACCAGCCUAUAUUGUCUAUUAUCACGGGACUUGUCCGUUUGAUGCUUAUUAUCUGGUCUCGCGGUAUUGUAUCGAACGUGAUCGAUUUCCCGUGGCCGUAGUCGAUCGGUUCCUAUUUCGUCUCCCCGGUUUGGGUUAUUAUCUGAAACUGGUUGGAGCAAUAGAAGGUUCCAUUGAAGAAUGUGCUGCUCAUCUUACCCCGGGAUCUACAAAUUUGCGUAAGCCUUAUUCAUUUUCAUUUAAUCUACCUGCUCACUGCGAAAUUAUUUGUGACAAGUACCGAUUGAUAAGAUCAAGCGCUCUGCGUGAUUCGUUCGUCUGA